AUGCUAAGUUUAUUAAUGUUACUGCUGGCCAUAAUGACUUCUGUAACGGCAACCGGCGGCAACAAACAGUCCGCACACACCACGGUACAAUUUUUCUAAACAACUUUUGAGCAACUUUCGCUACAAAAAGAAACUUUUGACUUUCUUUGAGGAGCUUUUGGGCAACUUUUUGAGAAAUUAAGGGAUUUUUUUGGAGAAAUCUCGAGCAACACGCGGAAAGCUCUCAGUACGCCACGCCACUGACAUUUGACUGAAGAAAGACGUGAUGGUGGAGAGGUGAAGAUAACACCUAUUUAAGAAGCAGGCAGGAGAAGCGAACAUAUGAAAAUGAAAAAAAUGCCACCUUUUCUGAAUCUGAGACGUUAGGAAACUGAAAUUUUCAGAUAAAAAUUAGCCCAUUGUACAAGCAUUUUUCUUAUAUAAGGAAAGCUCGAGCUGUUUCUACUAAAAGUACAUAUACCGGCAUUUCUGCCUUUCAGUUUUUUGAUCAAUCAGUCGAAGGAUAACAAGAUAUAUUUUUUAUAAUUUUUAUUAUUUUCUUGUUUGAAACUAGUAAUCUCCAUCGUUUUGUUAUGGUGGUUGUGGCAUUCCCGGCAUGCCCGACAAGCAUGGUACUCCUGGGGCACCAGGUCGCGACGGACGUGACGGACGUGAUCGCACGUCAAACAGAAGUAGUCUUUUUCCUUUUUAAAGCACCUUGACGCUACCAAAUUUGUAUUUCGAAGUGUCUUAACUAUUAUAGAGACGAUUUGUCCGAAAAGAUAGGCAAAACCAUUGUCCAAAAAUGAAAAAAGAGCACUUCCGGUUGACGUGCGUCGCUCAAAAACGUCUUUGCUUAAGCUCACUAAUGUUACGUAGCCAGACCGAGAGCUCUACGUGGCGGCGCACUUGUUUGCUGAAGAGUUCCGUAAUCAGAUACUGACUCCAAUUUGGUUGAGUAAAUUUGGCCACCAAAGGUGACGAACUUUAUUCUCAAGACCUGCCAAUAUACAAUACACAAAUAUCUCUUCACCAAAGGUGGGGAAAAAACCGCCACCAAAUAGGUUGAUACAGUUACACAAAGUAAAUAAUUAGAGCACAGUCAGGCGGCAGGGGAAGUGGUGGAAAAUUGUGAGAAUUCAGUUCGAGCCAAGUGAUGUGCACUGUGUGAUGGUGAGCAGUCUAAAGAGACGAGCAGAUGGUAAAGCACGGUUAAGAACUAUGAAACUUGGAACGCCAUAGAUUCUGAUUGGUUAGAAACCAGAUACGAUCCAUACCUGCCGCCUGAGCCUGAGGCCCUUGUCUAAGUAAAUGCCUUGUCAUAAAAUCCCAUUAUGAUGACGUCAUGAUGGUGUCUUUUUUUCCAUAUUUUUUACGCACGAGCGUAUGUGAGUAUAUGGACGCGAGGACGCAACGCCCCUGACAUUUGACAAUAGAGAGCUUAAGCAACGACGACGGCGACCUCAACGAGAACGGCAAAAAAGCAAUAGGUUUAGAUUGGCAAAACAACAACUUUGCACGUGUAUCACGCUUUUUGUAAAUUUCUUUCUCGUCACUGCACGACUACGACGAGAAACUGCCUAAUUUCACUUUUUGCGGAGAACUUGAACACAAGACAACGACUUUCUCUUUCUUUUCCUGACCUUUGGUACUCAGUUUUAGAAUUAAAAUCCAGAAAUAGUUGCCAAAAUUUGAAGAAAUAAACGAGAUGAAAUAAGCGCGAUAAAGUUUAACGCAUCGCAACUUCACUUCUUAAGUGACGUUUUCGUGGCGGUCGCCGUCUUUGUUACUUAAGCUCCCUAAUAAAGCUAUGAGAGGUGAAGAUAAAAGCUAUUUAAGAAGAAGGUAGGAAAAGCGAACACAUGAAAAUAAAAAAUGCCACUUUUGCUGAAUCUGAGACCUUAGGAAAUUCAAAGUUUCAGUUGAAAAUUAGCUCGUUGGACAAGCAUUUUUUUGUCAUAAGGUAAGCUGUAGCUUUUUCUACUAAAAGUAGACAUACGGGCCUUUCUGCCUUUCAGCUUUUUUCAAACUAAACCUGAAUACAAUCAGAAUCAAUCAGUCGAAGGAUAACAUAUUUUUAAUAAUAUUUAAUAUUUUCUUGUUUGAAACUAGCAAUCUCCAUCGUUUUGUUAUGGUGGUUGUGGCAUUCCCGGGAUGCCCGGCAAGCAUGGUACUCCUGGGACACCAGGCCGCGACGGACGUGAUGGACGUGAUGGCCGUGAUGGAGCUAAAGGUGAUCAAGGAUUGCAGGGGAAGACUGGACCUCAGGGACCUCCUGGUGAUAAGGGACCUGCUGGUGUAAAGGGAGAGGAAGGGGCUAAAGGAGAACCUGGAGCCCAGGGUCCUCCCGGUCAAAAAGGGGAACUCGGCCCGAUGCCGUUUAAGAACUGGAAAGAAUGCGUCUGGAAAAACUUGAAUGAUGAUAAGGACAUUGGUCUGAUCAAGGUGAGUCGUGCAUUUUCGAUUGAUAGGCAUCAAGAGAGGAUAAAGGGUACAGAGAAGGCAUCCCCCAUACACACCCUAUUCCAUAGGUAAUUCGUCUUGAGUUAUUUUUAGAAUCGGGAUAAAGUUACCUCGCGCGCUGCGUGGAUGUUUCGUGGAGGUUUCGCAUAACUGAACGCCAUGCAAAACAUGUCGGGCGAAAGGCAAUUAAAACCGUGGAGAGAUCGAGAGCACUUCUGAAUAUUGAAGCGAAAUGAGUCAGCGCUCACCUGGGAAAAGGGAAUCGCUCGACUCUUUGACAACCUGAGAAAUCAGUUUAAUUCGAAGUUAUCGUAACCUCAGUGAUUAAUAAAAUGAGAAAUUUCGCCGGUCUAUUGAAACCGGUCGUUUGUACAAUAAAGCAAGUAGCCAGCAAUAUUCAUGUACAUGUAAUUAGUUUUACAAAUUUGAAUUUUAUUGUAGUUUUUUAAAGUUGUUAAGCGCUGUUGAUUAUUAUUAUAGGACAGACAUCAAGUGCUAUUUUUGAUGAAUAAUAAAAGACUAAUAAAAGAAUAAAUAUCAAACCAGAAAUUGCUCUCUUCAAACUGUAAAUUAUAAAUGAUCCUGAGAAAAUAUUCACUGUGUUAAGGAUUUCCCUGCUGUACUGUUAGCUCUAUACAAGAGAGGAAGGGCGAUUCUUCUUUAAUUUCCGUUUCGCUGACUCAGCUUAAGCAGAAAUCUCUCUUUAGUCAUUUUCGUCGACAAAACGAAUAGCAAUAUUGCUCUCCACGUCUCCAGACGCGUGGCUCUGAGCGUGGGUCAUCCACGCGGAACACAUUCGCUCUAUGUGAUUGACUGUUGUCUAAUUCCCCUUGGGAUCUGUGGUCUUAUAAAUAACUCGAGACGAAUUACCUAUGGAAUAGGAUGUUUAUGGAGGAUGCCUUCUCUGUCCCCUUUAUCCUCUCUUGUAGGCAUACAAUUAUCAAAUUUACACACAACAUAGAGCAUGCAGCAGCCAUUUUUCAAAAGGCCUUUUGCUUCGGGCCAAUGCAGAUACCAACGAACAUCCACGGGAUACUGGCUUGCGCUCUUAUAAAACGACAUCCUCUAUAUAGCGACCUAGUUACACACGUAGCUAUAAGCUUGGAGAAAUUAUGUCAGCAGAAUUUCUAGCGCAUAAGGCACUCUUUCUAGCAUUGUCAAUGGUUGGUCAUUAUCAAAACUUGAAAAAAAAAAAACCGUGAAAAUGAAAAUAAGUAAUUUCUUAGAAAUCGAUUUUGAGAUAAAUAUUAGCGAUAAAAAAUCACGACGUUUCGACCUCUCCGAGGUCAUUUUCAAGUUUCGGUUUCAGUUCUUGGAUAAAAAACCAAGAACUGAAACCGACGCUUAACAAACAGUGCGAUUCAAUUCGCGCCAAAUUAUUUGUUUAGAGUAGUUCUUGUUAACAUUGUUUUAUUUCCAUUGUUUUUUGACUUUAUAAAUAUCUUUAGCACUUUUUACAUUUUUACAUAUUUUAUCACAUUUUAGCGUUCACCAUAUUUUUAUCUAUUAUAACUUGUUUUUAACUUAUUUAUGCUAAUUUAGAGAACUUUUAUACACUUGAAAAUGACCCCGGAGAGGUCGAAACGUCGUGAUUUUUUAUCGCUAAUAUUUAUCUCAAAAAUGAAAAUAGUAAUUGCAAAACAAGAUUAAAAUAGGAAUAAUAAUAAUAAAAAAAUACCGUUUCAACUAAUCCGAGCAAUAUUGAACAAAAUCAGGCGAUGAAAAGCCUGCGUGGCAGACGUUGGAAAGGGAGAGAGAACGGGAUUCCGGACGCUCGAGAAGCGCGAAAGUCUUCCUUGCGCGCGGUAUCUAAUGCAAUUCCCUUUCCCUUCCCCUUCCCUUACGAACGCUAUGCCUCAAUGAGGGCUAUGUCCUUGUUCCCUGCCAUAUUUGAAAAAUUCAAAAUGCCCGAAGGCCUGUAAUAUUUUUCCCGGUAUCCAGCACAAUCUAGAUAGUACUUACUUACGUGGGGCAUAAGACUUCAAAGAUCUAACGCUGUCAGGGCCUAAUUCUUCGCCUCCACCAAUUCCUUCUUUGAGGUCCUUCUCCAGGUCUUAUUUCGGCCUGCCUGGUUCUCUUUCUCCAUAGUUUGUGGCGGGCCCUUUUUGGGGGUUGGGCGUAAGGUUAACUACUCCUCACCGUAAAAUAAGAUGCAGUUUCUAAAACUACGGCGACAAUCAGAAUUUAGGUGUCUGAACAGAAUUAGCAAACUGAAGCAAUCUCUACAAGCACUGCCGACAGACAGAAUAAACUAUUUAACGCUCAAGAAGAUUUUCUUCUUAGCUUAGCCAAAAUUGUCAGUAAAUCACAAAUUGGAAACUUUACUACGUGGCCGCUUGUCCAUUGUCCGAAGAGGGCCACUUAGUAGUUCUAUCGUUUAUAGCUGUUCAGCAACUGCUGCGGACUGACUUUGCAACUAGAUACUUGGGCUUACACCUUAAAGCCAGUGUCUGACCAAGGAGCAGUUAGUCUCUUUGUGUGAAAUCAAUCAUACAGCAAAUAGCCUGUUCAGUCCAGGCGUUCAGAUAGUGGAGUGCGACGCGAAGUGAGAGAGCAGGAAAGAUAUGCAGGAAGAGAGGGAGAGGGAGAGUGGUUUGGCCUUCUCUGUUACUCCCUACCCCAACCGUCGCUGUUUUUCCUGCUCGCUUCUCUCGCGCCGUCACCACCAUCUGAACACCUGGAACAGGUUAUUUUGCAAAUAACUCUAGGGCUGUGAUAUUAACAAGUUCAAGCGAAUGGGUGAGGCCAAGUUUUUUUUUGCAAAUUUCAAUUUAGAGAAAAACUUUUCUUACUUGUAAAGUUUUCAAGAAUGUCACAAUUUUCCUCAGUGUUUCGGGCAAAACUUUGAGGCUUCGGCAUAACAGAAGCGGGCUUGUGUGUGUGAUUACUGAACCCUUUGAACAGCUCUGAACAAUGCCAUGACCUUCUUGAAAAUUUUUUUUUGCCUGUUGGUUCUACAAAAAAAUGUAAGGUGUAACGCGUAACGGAUUCUGUUAAUUAGCCCUUGCAUAUAGGCCUGUAUCUCAUGGUAAGACUCUCAGCCGAGUCUCUGCUACUAACAAGGACGUUUCAUCUCUCAGUUGACACUGAAGACUUAUGCGCCGAUCAAUUCGAAACUUCAACUUCCCCCAAGGCCCCCUUCCGGGCCUUUAAACUUUUUAUGACAGGCCUGGUCAAAUUUUCCCUCUCUCCUCCGCAGGGGCUCCUGCUUGGUAUUCCAAUAAAAAGAGUCUCUUUCCCCUUCCCAUUGUCCACCGCGCGCUUUCCCUCUCCUUAGAAGUCUUUGCGGAAGAGAGAAAUUCUCCUUAUACAUUAUAAACUUAAUGUCUGAUCCCGAGGGAAACAGUUAGUUUUGUUUCCCGAGAGUCCUGAUGUUUCCCGAGACGAACAUCAGGUCUCGAGGGAAAACAAAACUAACUGGUUUCCCGAGGGACCUAACAUUAAGAGUUUUGUUAUAUUUCUAGACUUUCACUUACAUAGAUACAUACAUACAUACUUUAUUUUUGCCUCCCCAAAGGGGCUUUUCAGGAACAAUGAUUAUAUUACAUUAUUUAUAAUAACUGAUUACAACGUUUAAUCUAGUACUAAUUACAGUGUUAGCUAAUUACUAAUUAAAAAUGUUUUAAACUUAGCUAAGAAGUAUUUACAAAUUAUCUAAAAGCUGGCUCCUCAAGGAUCGUUUAAAAAAUUUCAACAGAUGGGCUUAACUUUUUAAAAAAAGAUUCCAAAUUGUUCCAAAGUUUAACAGUCCUGUAAUAAAAGGUUCUCUGUCCGGAGGCAGUUCUGAAAAGAGGGAUGUUUAGCUUUUGGCUACUCCGAGUUGUUUUUUCGCUAACUUGCUCACGGGUAAUAAAUUGAGAUGUAAGAUAUUCAGGGGCUUGACCGGUCAUGCAUUUGAAGGCCAUAAUAGCUUGGCGAUAGUACAGUUGGUCCUUAACAGGCAACCAAGACAGGCUUUUUAAGAGGGGUGUUACAUGAUCAUAUUUUUUUCGCACCGCUGACGAUUCGGGAAGCAAAGGUUUGAACGGCCUGCAAUUUUCUAACCUUCUUAUUUGUGGUAUUUGCCCAAACAUUCGAACGGCAGUAUAUUUUGCUAAAGACUAAGGCAUGUAUUACGGUUAACAACGUAUUUUUGUCUAGACAAUGUUUGACCCAGUUAAUUUGCGCUAGACGUGCGAUACAUUCCGACACUGAGGUCGUUAUAUGAUUAUCAAAUGUUAAGUUCGGAUCCAAAAUCACGCCAAGAUCUCUCGCUGAUUGCACUGGGGAAAUGUCCUUUCCCAACGAAGACAAGUGAAAUUCAUGAAGCUUAGAGGUCAUUUGUCGGCUCCCGAAAACAAUUAAUUUUGUCUUGUCUGGAUUUAGUAGUAACCGAUUUCCGAAGCACCAGUUACGCACCUGCAGGAGAUCUUCAUUCAUUUCUUGGACAAUUCGUUGAGAGUCGUGUAACUUAAAAGAAACAAACAGUUUUGUAUCGUCUACAUAACAUUCUGUAGAGCAAUGCCUUGGAACUUCUGGUAGAUCAUUUACGUAUAUGCUAAAUAAUAGGGGGCCUAGAAUACUGCCUUAAGGAACGUCAUAUUCAACUGGAAGAGGAUCAGAAACGGAUCUAUGAAUUCGUACAACUUGAUAUCUAUUUGUAAGAUAGCUGUUAAACCAUUUUUAUAGCGCGCUGGUUGAGGCGCCGACGCUUUGUAUUUUACAUAACAAUGUUUGCUGGUCAACGCUGUCGAAGGCUUUACUCAUAUCUAAAAGCACGCAGGCGGUUAAUUUCUUAUCAUCAAUUCCUUUGAGAAAAGCAUCAGUUGUGUGAAUUAAAGAUGUCUCAGUAGAGAAACAUUUUCUGUUGUCGCUUUGUUUUGUGUUAAGCCUUUCCUUGGUUGUCAAAUAGGUGACAAACUGAUUAUAAGCCACUCUCUCGCAAACCUUUGACAAUGCAGGUAGCAGGGAAAUCGGUCUGUUAUUGUUAGGAAGUUCGUGGUUGCCUUGUUUGGGAAUAGGUGUAAUUUGGGAAUGUUGAAGCUAAAUGAGAAGCAUUGAUGUUUGACGUAAUAAAAAGGAGUGUGAUCAACAGGCUGUCCUUAAGGACUCGAGUUGGCACCUUGUCAAUCCCAGGAGCCUUAUUAGAGGGCUCUUCAGCCAAAGGCUCAAUUUUAGAAUUUGUAGAUUUUCCGACUGAUGCAAAAAAGUUGUUAAAAUCAUCCGCAACGGUCUUGUCAUCUUUGCUAUAUACUUUUGGGGUGACAGAUCUUUAGAGAAACAAAGGCGAAUUGCCUUCCAAAUACAAUUUGUAUUUUGUGGAUUGUUUUGAAUCUGUUCUUUGACAAAUUCGCUCUACGCUUGUCUUAUUAACUUUCUCACUUGGUGUUUAAGGUUUUUGUAAGUAGACCAGUCAGCGGGAAUAUUAGUUCUGCGUGCUUCUAUCGCUUCAACAGCAAAAAAAUAAUAAUAAUAAAAAAAAAAACCGGAGCGAACCAAAAUAGUCGACUCGGUACUUAUAACAACACAAAUUUAAUUCUCAAAACCACUGAAUGAAUGAUUUACAGAGUACUUUCCUGAUAUUAUCUGCAUCUUUUUCCUCCACUCGCUGCUGUUUCUCUUCUGGGAACUUUUGGGAUAACUUUAAAAAUCAUUGCUUUUUAGCUUGAGGCUUAGUGUUUGUGUUGUUGUGUUCAUUCACGAAAAAGAAAACUGACAGGACCUGGCAUUGUUUUUCCCGCCUUCUGUCACGCCCCUUCCCACCAUGCUUUGAUCACGUGCUGUAAUGUAGCCCGAGCGGGGUACAUUGCCUAAUGUAUCACGAUCGGGAUAUAUUUGAUUUUAGUCAAGGCCACGUGACCAAGAAUCAACCAAUGGCACUCCCUGUUUAGUUGAGUGGAAGUCUAGGAAUAUAACAAUAUGGCAAUGUAGGACUGUAGUCAAAUGCCUCUCCCAAAGAAAAAGUGUUUUGCUGAUUAUAUGGUGUGUGGAUUGCAGCUGUUUCGGAUAACACGCGACCUGAGUUGUCAGAAACGUUUCAAUUUGGGUUUUUGUUCCAAGUUAAUCAAACCGUUACCAUAGCAUCCAAUCCUAUCUUGUCAAAUAACGGCUGCAAUAACUGGCAGAAGCUGAAAAUUUAAAUUAAAUGUUGGCGGGAACGUGCAGAUUCGUUUUCAUCCUCCCAUAUCUGUGUUUCUUCUGGAUUUGGAAGCUCUACAGGAACAAUUUCACCUUGGAAAUCUAGACUUUCCGUGUUUCAGUAAGAAGAUAAAAAAAAAACUUGAGAGUUAAAACGUAAGAUCACGCAAACUCUGAAGUUCAAAAGAAACAAACCUUGAAACAUAGAAACAAACAAAACGGAUCGAAAUCCACUAAUCACAAAUCGCAAACCACGACCAUUUGAACUCGUUGAAGUAAACGUCCGCUAAGAAAGCGCGGAGCCUUCAGAUUUGAUUGUCGUCGCAGAAAAAAACCAAAAAUCUAAAGACGCUGUUGACAUCGUUGGUCGCGUGUUAUCCGAAACAGCUGUAAUGCAUAGUAAAAGUCUCGGACGUCUAAAACUAAGUCAGGCUUAUAUCUGCCAGUGAUAAUAUACUUUGUCAAAAAGGGGAGUGAAAUUAAGGUCAAGGUAACAAAAAUGCAUACACGUAGCUUUUGAAGUCCUUGUUGAACAAGCCAUUCGUUUAUAAAAGAUGUCUGGCUUUAAAGUCUUCCAUGUAAUUAUGAGAAAGAUCGCAUCUAUCGAACUACGUUGUCAGACACCGGAUCUUCAAAAAAAUUAAACUGUAGGCUUGCGGCUUGCAGUUCAAAUUCACGACCCCCAGGCACAAGUGACGGUCAAAUGGAGAAUAUUUAUAAGUUUCGAAUUGGUCGGCGCAUACGACGUCCAGCAACCAAUGCAGGUGACUGACAUCUGAAAUGUCGAAGAUCUAGCUGAAAACGGUCUCUAACGCUGGAUAGAGGGUUUAAGGAGGUGGAUGGGAGGACAAGUAACAGGGUGUGCCAGCAUUGACGGGGACCAACUUUAAAACCUAAAAGUGCUUGAUCAUGGUGAAUCUAUACCUAGCUAGCAAAAUCCUGUAAAGCAAAUUAAGAAAGGCAUAAAGCAAGGCUGACUACAGCGUCGUAUAUUAUAUUAGUCCCUUUUCCCCAAAAAGAUAUAUUCAGCCUCUCACCUGUGAAGUCAGCCUUGCCUCUACAUUUAUCAACUGAUAUAUUUGUCUAUCCACAACGACCACAACCAAUAUUGGGCAUGAGGCAGUUGCUAUAAGAUCUAAGCUAGAUCUAGGUUUUAGAUGUCAUGGAACAUUAAUUUGUUGCCGAGCCUCUUCAUUAAUAGAUUUUCUGUCAAAUUUUUUGUAUUUUUUUGUAGGACUGUGUUUUCACCAAAAACUUUUCUGAUACUGCCCUUCAUGUUUACUGGACGGGUGUAUUGAGAAUUCACGGCUGCAAUUCCUGCUGCAAACGUUGGUACUUCACUUUCAAUGGCGCUGAGUGUUCUGCUCCUCUGCCCAUUGACGGAGUCGUCUACAUGCAGACAGGUGGUAAUAAAAAUCUCCAUCGUGUCCGCCAUAUUGAGGGGCACUGUAAUAACAUCCAUAAAGGAAAGGUGCGCGUGGGAUUCUGGAUCGGAAAUUGCCCCGGAUAUGGAAACGCUGAUGGGUACACUGGAUGGCAGUCAGUGUCCCGCGUAUUUGUUGAAGAAGUUUCUAAAGCUCAAGCUUAA